AUGGACCGGUUGGACCAACUGGCAUGUUGGUGCUAUGGACCGGUUGGACCAACUGGCCUGCUGGUCCUAUGGACCGGUUGGACCAACUGGCCUGCUGGUCCUAUGGACCGGUUGGACCAACUGGCCUGUUGGUCCUAUGGACCGGUUGGACCAACUGGCAUGUUGGUCCUAUGGACCGGUUGGACCAACUGGCCUGCUGGUCCUAUGGACCGAUUGGACCAACUGGCAUGUUGGUCCUAUGGACCGGUUGGACCAACUGGCCUGUUGGUCCUAUGGACCGGUUGGACCAACUCGCCUGUUGGUCCUAUGGACCGGUUGGACCAACUGGCCUGUUGGUCCUAUGGACCGGUUGGACCAACUCGCCUGUUGGUCCUAUGGACCGGUUGGACCAACUGGCCUGCUGGUCCUAUGGACCGAUUGGACCAACUGGCAUGUUGGUCCUAUGGACCGGUUGGACCAACUGGCCUGUUGGUCCUAUGGACCGGUUGGACCAACUGGCCUGUCGGCCGAAUGGACCGGUUGGACCAACUGGCCUGUUGGUCCUAUGGACCGGUUGGACCAACUGGCCUGUUGGUCCUAUGGACCGGUUGGACCAACUGGCAUGUUGGUCCUAUGGACCGGUUGGACCAACUGGCCUGCUGGUCCUAUGGACCGGGUGGACCAACUGGCCUGUUGGUCCUAUGGACCGGUUGGACCAACUGGCCUGUUGGUCCUAUGGACCGGUUGGACCAACUAGCAUGUUGGUCCUAUGGACCGGUUGGACCAACUGACCUUUUGGCCGAAUGGACGAGUUGGACCAACUGGCCUGUCGGCCGAAUGGACCGGUUGGACCAACUAGCCUGUCGGCCGAAUGGACCGGUUGGACCAACUGGCAUGUUGGUCCUAUGGACCGGUUGGACCAACUGGCCUGUUGGCCGAAUGGACCGGUUGGACCAACUGGCCUGUUGGUCCUAUGGACCGAUUGGACCAACUGGCCUGUUGGUCCUAUGGACCGGGUGGACCAACUGGCCUGUUGGUCCUAUGGACCGGUUGGACCAACUGGCCUGUUGGUCCUCUGGACCGGUUGGACCAACUGGCUUGUUGGUCCUGUGGACCGGUUGGACCAACUGGCCUGUUGGUCCUGUGGACCGGUUGGACCAACUGGCCUGUUGGUCCUAUGGACCGGUUGGACCAACUAGCCUGUUGGUCCUGUGGACCGGUUGGACCAACUGGCCUCUUGGUCCUGUGGACCGGUUGGACCAACUGGCCUGUUGGUCCUGUGGACCGGUUGGACCAACUGGCCUGUUGGUCCUGUGGACCGGUUGGACCAACUGGCCUGUUGGUCCUGUGGACCGGUUGGACCAACUGGCCUGUUGGUCCUGUGGACCGGUUGGACCAACUGGCCUGUUGGUCCUAUGGACCGGUUGGACCAACUGGCCUGUUGGUCCUAUGGACCGGUUGGACCAACUGGCAUGUUGGUCCAACGGCAUGUUGGUCCUAUGGACCGGUUGGACCAACUGGCCUGUUGGUCCUAUGGACCGGUUGGACCAACUGGCCUGUUGGUCCUAUAGACCGGCCUGUUGGCAGAAUGGACCGGUUGGACCAACUGGCCUGUUGGCCAAAUGGACCGGUUGGACCAACUGGCCUAUUAGUCCUAUGGACCAGUUGGACCAACUGGCCUGUUGGUCCUAUGGACCGGUUGGACGAACUAGCAUGUUGGUCCUAUGGACCGGUUGGACCAACUGGCCUGUUGGUCCUAUGGACCGAUUGGACCAACUGGCAUGUUGUUCCAAUGGACCUGUUGGACCAACUGGCGUGUUGGUCCUAUGGACCGGUUGGACCAACUUGCCUAUUGGUCCUAUGGACCCGUUGGACCGACUGGCCUGUUGGUCCUAUGGACCGGUUGGACCAACUGGCCUGUUGGUCCUAUGGACCGGUUGGACCAACUGGCCUGUUGGUCCUAUGGACCGGUUGGACCAACUGACGUGUUGGUUCUAUGGACCGGUUGGACCAACUUGCCUGUUGGUCCUAUGGACCGGUUGGACCAACUGGCAUGUCGGUCCUAUGGACCGGUUUGACCAACUGGCCUGUUGGUCCUAUGGACCGGCUGGACCAACAGGCCUGUUGGCCGAAUGGACCGGCUGGACCAACAGGCCUGUUGGCCGAAUGGACCGGUUGGACCAACUGGCCUGUUGGCCGAACGGACCGGUUGGACUAACUGGCCUGUUGGUCCUAUGGACCGGUUGGACCAACUGGCCUGUUGGUCCUAUGGACCGGUUGGACCAACUGGCCUGUUGGUCCUAUGGACCGGUUGGACCAUCUGGCAUGUUGGUCCUAUGGACCGGUUGGACCAACUGGCCUGCUGGUCCUAUGGACCGGUUGGACCAACAGGCCUGCUGGUCCUAUGGACCGGUUGGACCAACUGGCCUGUUGGUCCUAUGGACCGGUUGGAGCAACUGGCCUGUUGGUCCUAUGGACCGGUUGGACCAACUAGCAUGUUGUUCCUAUGGACCGGUUGGACCAACUGACCUUUUGGCCGAAUGGACCGGUUGGACCAAUUGGCCUGCUGGUCCUAUGGACCGGUUGGACCAACUGGCCUGUUGGUCCUAUGGACCGGUUGGACCAACUAGCCUGUUGUUCCUAUGGACCGGUUGGACCAACUGA